AUGAUAUCGACCCCGUCGCCGUCUUCAGCACACCCCUUUCUGAUCCCAGCGGAAUCUCACAUGUCUCCACUUAAACGGCCUAAUGUUUCUAACCCUCACGAUGCGCCUUCCAACUCUCCACCGCCAUAUACACAAAGCUCCUCUUCGUCGGUAUUGCUUGCCGAGAUGACAACUACCCGGACGGAGGUUGUAACUACAACGACUACAGAAACUACAACCCAUUUCUUUUCUCUGCCUUACUGGAAAAGACGUAAUGGCGCACUGUCUCCAGCUUCACAACGGACCAGCAUUGAUGAUCUUUCGUCAUCUAUCACCUCUUCGAAGUCUGGAACCUUCCCGUCAUUUGUGGAUAAGGCAUUACCACCAACUCCACCAGAGCCUCUCGACACCUCUUUUACGACAAACGAAAAACGCGACGGCCAAACGACAAACACAACGUCUCCUAUAUAUCAUCCCGACGAUGUGCCUUCUCAGCCUCGGAAAGUUAGUACAGGGACUCAGUCUGCAGCCGCUUUGGCCCAUGCAGCGUUAGGGUUAGGCUUACCCCACGUAGGCUUACCUCACUCGUCAGUGUCCUUCCCCCGUCCGAGUUCAAGCCACAGCCCCUUGGGAAGUCGUACUUCUCCUUCCUUAUCUUCUCCAGGUGUUAGAAGAUCAAAAAGUUCACAUCGUAUAUUAUCAAAACGCGUUUCUGAAACUCAAGAAAAUGACCAUGCACAAAUACGGGUCGACUCGCGUAGGCAGCGAGGCCUAUCUUUUAAUUCUUCUUCUUUCCUGAACGUCGCCAACUCCGAUAUCAAAGGGAAAGGGAAAGACACAGCGAUACCUACAACUGCACCAGAAACCGCAAAGAAGCCCCCGAAGCCUCUGACCCGUAAAUCAUCCUUUUGGAAUAGAAGAAAAGGGAUAGAUGCCGGUGAAUCGACGAACCCAGUGUCGGAUGAUUCAUUUGUAUCACUGCCCCCACUUCCUCCUGUUCAUCAUGUCUCUCCCUUCGAUGUUCAUGAUUUCCAGAAUUCUCCGAAUUCGACAAUAGGUUCUAACAGAGAACAAAUACAUAGCACCCGGCCUUUUCAUCCCAAUUUGUCUUCACCAGAAAUAUUGGAUGGCUCAAAAUCAACAUUGCCUUGGCCGACUUCAGAGCAAGCUACAACUUUCAACGGUGUAACAGAAUCAUUGCAAUCAAACGGCACUCCGUCAUCUUACUCGAGGGCAAGAAGACAAACGAGCACACCCUUUCUUCACAGAUUAUCUCUUGGUGUUUUUUCCCCCGGGGAAUCCUCCCCUUCUGCCAGUUCUGCGCUUCAUGUUUAUCCACAGUCUGCGACGGCAUCUAUUACUCCCACAAUUUUUCCUUGUAAACAAGAAACCCCAAUUCCUAGACCGCACAGCGAGGAAGAAUCCCCCGAGGGAUAUUUAACGCGCUUGAAAAAUGCAGUUAGCAAAUCAGAAGUCGCGGGUAUCUUGGCCUCAAGCUCUGACCCUUUUCACGCUCGUGCGCUCCGAGAAUAUAUCAGCCAAUUUGACUUCCUAGAUAUACCUCUUGAUGUUGCUCUACGGAAGUUGCUCAUGGAAGUUGGACUUCCACGAGAAACGCAACAGAUCGACAGAGUAAUGGAAGCCUUCGCUUACCGAUAUAUGCAAUGCAACAGUGAUAUCUUUGUAUCUGAGGACCAUCCUUAUAUAUUAGCAUUCAGCUUGAUAAUGCUGCACACAGACACGUUUAAUCCUUCUAACAAGCGGAAAAUGACUAAGUCCGAUUAUAUCAAGAACACGAAACUUCCGGGCAUUCCAACAGAAAUUUUAGAUUGCUUCUUUGAUAAUAUUGUCUUCGCUCCUUUCAUCUUCAUUGAGGAUCCAGUUGACUUUAAUGGCCAACCUGGGUUAGUUUCCGACGUUACGCGACCUUCUUUGGUUAGCACGCCUUCCUCGUCUGUGUCGGUGAAUGGUUCAGGUUCAUUCAAGAUGGGCAAUCGAGUAGAUCCGUACUAUUUGAUUACAAAUAAUUUACUUGAACCACUACGGGUGGACGUCAACUCUUUGGUGUCUUUAGAAAACCCGUUUACGUAUGAGGGUACAGAUGGUCCCUGGGACGAACACGAACUGCAUCAAGCGUUCGUUAACGCAAGCGUCAUUGAGAUCGAGAUGCCAACGGUCAAUCGGGCGAUGUCUCUGUUCGCCCGAAGCCCCAGUUUGAAAUCUACCCCUUUGGUCUCGGUUGGUAAUGGAGCAGAAGAUUACCCUUCUGUACAACAAAAGGGAGAAACAUGGAGCUUAAAAGUUAGUAAGGUAGGCAUCCUCAACAGGAAAGAUGACGUGACCGGAAGCGGCAAAAAAUCAUCAAACCGAAAAUGGAAAACUUGGACAGUUGUUUUGACUGGAUCGCAAUUGCUUUUAUUUCGUGACAAUUCCUGGGCUGCAGCCUUGAAUCAGCCUUACGAGUCAUUUGCCGAGCAUGUUGUAUCUCCUGCUCUACCAAGCUCUACAUUUAGGCCAGAUGAAACCUUUUCGGUAAAGGAUGCAAUAGCUGUUUACGAUAGUUCAUAUAUUAAGCACAAACAUGUGAUGCGAUUCGUUUUGCCAGAUGGACGCCAAAUUCUUCUGCAGGCAUCUGAUGCAAAAGAUCUCAAUGAAUGGAUAUCCAGGAUUAAUUACGCCAGUACAUUCAAGACAGCAGGGGUGCGGAUGCGCCCCCAAGGGUUAUCUAGCGAAGAUGCACUCCUGACAGGUGUUGCAGCAGCUACAUCUCAUCUUCAUGAUCUACAAAAACACCCUGACCAUUCAAAUAUCGCUCGUGCUCGCUCCUGGGACUCUAACGCUCCACAGGACCUUAUGGAGAUGUUGUCAGGACCUCCCGCUGACCGAACUGCCCUUAAACGAAGGGUUACAAUGGUCACCACAAACGCCAACUUUGAUCUGGACGUACCAGUGGCCCCGGAAGUUGAAGGAGCUGAACAAUUCAAAGCAACCUUUGACCAGGUCAAAGCUGAUCUAGCGUCUGAAAUAUGGCCCUCAGAUCAUGAAGCGUGGUUGCCAGAAGGAGAUGAAGUUACCAACGUCUACGACUCUCCCUUGGGCUCUCCUUUGUCCAUAGGUAGCACCAAUUCUCGUCUUCCUUCACGGUCCCAGAUCAUUCAAAGCAAGAUCAUUGAACUCGAUUCAAAGAUUGAAGCAACGCAGAAUCACCUUGAUGCCGAUAUGCGCUUCAUUCGUAAUAUCGCGAUCCUUACUCCAUUCCAAAAGUCCACUCGUUCAAGACUUGCUACGUCUUUACAAGGCGUGGCUAAACGUGUUACUCAACUUCGUUUAGAAAUGGAGAAACUACAGUGUCAUCGCGCGGUGCUUCGUUGUGAUCUUUCUUCAGAGGGACGUUCGUGGAAUUAUUCCAAACGCGUAGCUCUGCGAGUGGCUAAGAAGACCCUACAAACCCGGCGUUCUCAGACUAUCCCUGUGAUGUCUGUCGAGCUUCCUAAGAGCCCUCUGUUUUCGGAUGAUUUGUCGAAGGAGUCCCCUCCCCUUUCUCAAAGACUAGGCUCAUCACCAUCUGAUUCUUUCCAUUCUGCUGCCGAAUCUGGCUUUGCAUGGCCAUCGUCGGAAGACCUCAAUCUCCUUGGCUCUCAGUUUGGCACAUCGAGGCCCGAUCUUUCUUGUUCCAGUUCAUCUUUUCCCAAAGAAUGGACAAAUGAGGACAAGCGCCAAAGAUCAUCGUCACUGUCAUCCGACUCUAAUCACCUGUCUUCUAAUCAUGGACAUGAAGAUAUCGGUCUUGUGUAUUUUGAUACCCAGGAAGGUAUCGAAGAUGACCUAGCGGAGGAAUGGAACCGGACUAGAUGCGCCCAACGCGUCUCUCUCAUUCAAGUACCGUCCAACAUCAUGAUCACGAACAGAUUAAAGAAUCAAUCACAUUCCUAA